AUGGCAGUCUACGUUGCGGGCUUGUCGCGGGUCGGUCGAAGUUUGCUACCUUCCCCGGGACGUGGCCGUCUCCUUUCUGGUAGCUGCACGGCCUUCAGCGUCCGAGGACAGCCGAGGACAUUCGAAGUGCAGAGAGAAGCGGCAGAACAGCCAAUCUUCUUCAGGUCCUCCAUCGGCAGCUUCUUCCAGGAGAGACCGCAGAUCAGUAACCCUUUUUAUGAAGACGCAUUGCUGCAGAAGUACCUAAAAAGAAACCUGCCGUUUGAGGUAAAGGAUGCAAUCAAAGCUGACUUGGCUAGGUUUGGAGAAAGGCUGGUGAGUGAAGUGGAUGCUCUUGGCCGUCAAUGUGAAGAGAAUCCACCCCAUCUUCAGCAGUAUGAUGCAUGGGGCCAUCGAGUGGACCGGAUUUUCACCUGCCCUGCCUGGAACCGCAUGAAAGAGAUCUCUGCCCAGGAGGGCCUUGUAGCAGCAGGAUAUGAGAGGGUACAUGGAGAGUGGAGUCGUGUUUAUCAAAUGUCCAAAAUAUACCUAUACUCUCCUUCGGCGGGACUGUAUACCUGUCCACUGGCGAUGACGGAUGGUGCAGCCAAAGUGAUUGAGUCCCUAGGGAUGACUGAAAUCACAGAGAAUGCAUUUCAGCAUUUGACUUCCCGUGACCCUCAGCAGUUCUGGACAUCCGGCCAGUGGAUGACGGAGCGGAAAGGUGGCUCGGAUGUGGGUAGUGGGACAGAAACUGUUGCUCAUAAACAAGCAGAUGGGACCUACAAGCUUUAUGGGUACAAAUGGUUCACCUCAGCGACUGAUGCCAACAUGACACUCACUCUCGCAAGAGUGGCGGACCCAGAGGGACACACACUACAGGGCAGCAAGGGCCUUUCUUUGUUUUUUGCAACACUGCGGGAUGAGAAGGGGGAACUGAAGGGCAUUGAGGUGCAGCGGCUGAAGGAUAAGUUGGGGACACGACAGGUGCCCACGGCUGAGUUACUGCUAGAUGGCUUCCCAGCUUACAGGAUCUCAGCUGAGGGCAGAGGAGUGGCGUCAAUUGCCAACAUGCUGACGAUCACCCGCAUCCAUAAUACUGUUUCUGCUGUAGCUGCCAUGAGGAGGAUCAUCCAGCUGGGCAGGGAAUAUGCCACCAAACGCUUCGUCUUUGGGAAGUUCCUUAAGGAGCACUCCUUGCAUAUGCAGACCAUGGCGAGAAUGGAGGUGGAGACGCGUGCUGCCUUUCUGCUGAUGAUGGAAGUGUGUCGGCUGCUGGGCAGAGAAGAGAAUGGCUCAGCUUCACCUCUUGAGCUUCACUUGCUUCGCCUCCUCACGCCGGUGGCCAAACUUUACACAGGAAAACAGGCUGUGUCUGUGGUGUCUGAGGGAUUGGAGUGUUUUGGGGGCCAGGGAUACAUGGAGGACACUGGAUUACCCACAAUGCUACGGGAUGCACAAGUGCUGACUAUCUGGGAGGGAACCACCAACAUCCUGUCAUUGGAUGUACUUCGAUGUAUCAUCAAGAGUCAUGGGCAGGUGCUGGAGGCCUUCUUCACUGAUGUCAAGGACAAGCUAGGGGCAGCCAAAGGAAAAAGUGCUUUGGGUCCUGCAGUGACAGCCAUAGAUGGUGCCCUUAUUAGGCUGGGGAGUUUUGUGCAGACCUUUGCCCAGAGGCCCCCCAGCUACACUGAACUAGCAGCUCGAGAUCUGACUUUCAGCCUAGCGCGCAUCUAUAUGGGUGCUCUAAUGGUGGAUCAGGCUGCAUGGGAGGGGGCAAGCCAAACAGACAUUUAUGCCACUCUCAGAUGGUGUGAACAGGACCUCUGCUGCGUGGCCACCAAAGAGCAGAGCGGCUGCUAUGACCCAGAGAGCCCAGGUGCAGACACAGCGUUGGUGUAUGAAGGGAUGCCAGGACCCUGAACCACACUUGGCUGAACCUGUGAUCACAUGAAUGUGGGGUCCUACCAAAGUUCUAUAUUCAUUAGAUAUUCAUAUAGCUUUGCAUCAAAAAAAAAUCGUAAAAUUUAAUACAAAUGCUUUUUUUUGUCCAUCCAUCCAUCCAUUUUCCAAACCACUUAUCCUACUGGGUAGCGGGGGGUCCGGAGCCUAUCCCGGAAGCAAUGGGCAUGAGGCAGAGAACAACCCAGGAUGGGGGGCCAGCCCAUCGCAGAGCACACUCACAGACCAUUCACUCACACAUCUACUCCUAUGGGCAAUUUAGUAAUUCCAAUCAGCCUCAGCAUGCCUUUGGACUGUGUUGAGAAAUCAGAGUACCCGGAGGAAACCCCACGACGACAAGGGGAGUACAUGCAAACACUUUUUUUGUUUUCCUGUUAUAUAUGCUGAUUAAUUUCUUUGAUGGUAAAAAAGAUGAAUACGACCUCAGUCGUAGAUUUUUUUUGGUCCCUACUGGCACUUUAUUCUGAUUUCUUACGUGUUCUUAACACACAAUGACAUAUAAUAAAGCUUUUAUUAACAAAUGUAGGUGGACAAAUGAAGGCUCCUUGUAUGCCUAAAUCAGCCGUCAGGAUAUUUUAUAGUUUGUAUAGUUUAUAUAUUAAAUUGUUUUUAAUGCUGCUUAUUAAAGAUGUUAACCUGUA